UUUAAAUUAAUCAAACUAUCUUAAAUCAUACAUUUACUCGUAUAGUUUAAAGGAAAACAAGGAUAUUAUUUUUCUAAUAAGUUCUUCAAAGUUGGUAACUCGAAAGUUGUAAGAGUAUAUCCAGUUGCUGUUUCUUCAAUAAAAAUCGUUUUUCGAGCCAUAUACGAAGCAAAAGAUGCCUGCGAUUAUUAAAAUGCCAAACUCUUUGGAGGAUUACGCCAUCGUCGAGCUGCAAGGCGACAUUCAAGCGGAUUGCGCGAUGGACGGGAGAUUCCUUGGGAAUUUGUUCUUCGGCAACAACGGAAUUCCGAUGCUGAUAAUUGGUAAUCAUUUGAUGUACGGAAAGGAGUCGAAGAUGGAAAAGCCUUUGGCGAUGCUCAGGAGGGUGAAAUCGGAUGAGACGGGAGCCGAGUAUCACGUGAACGCCAUCAUCAGACAGAAGAUCUUGUUCAAGACGAGACCGAAACCCAUCGUCGGGACGCCCGGAAAAGGAAAAUGAUCAAGUAAACUUAUUUUUGUUUUGUUUAAAUCAUUAUACGUGUAUAAAAAAAAUCGCAUUCGAA